AUUGGAGAAUAGGCCACUCCUCUCUCAUUCUUCAACGUUCUUCUUCCUCCUUCCCAACUGAGAAAGGAGAACCAAAGACCAUCACCUCCUUCUGCAACAACCAUGGCGGACAAUGGUAGACCUUUACCUAAGUUUGGGGAAUGGGAUGUGAAUGAUCCAGCGUCUGCUGAGGGAUUCACAGUGAUCUUCAACAAAGCCAGGAAUGAGAGGAAGAGUGGUGCUAAGGUUGACACACCUCCAAAGGAUGAUAGAAAGAAACACAAGAAUCAAGUGGUUCUCGGCAAGCCCCAAUCUAAAAAAUGGCUUUGCUGCAUGAGCACAUCUGCAGAAUCAUGAGGAGGCUUUUCAACUCAUGUCAGUUCUUAAAUAUAUGAUAAUUUAUCGUUACCUAGCCCGAACAUAAUUCCGGAACUCUGGAGAUUCACUAUAGCUACGAGGUCUUUCUGGAAUCUUUCGUCAUACACGUAGAUGUAGUGUACUUCGGGUUUGAGGAGAAAAAUGAUUGGGA